AGAUGAACAUUUUGACGUGUACUGUACAAUAAUUGUCUGCAUUCGAAGACCCUCUUUACCCAAACAGUUGAAACCGAGACAGAUAGCUUUGAAGCAAGAGUUAACACAGAUAGAAUUGGAUUGGUUUCGAGAUACAAAUGAUAGACUAAUGGCACAAUAUAACAAAAACAAGGAUACAAAUGCAAAUCCGAAAUUUCUUAUUUCGUUUAACAUACUGAGAGAAAAUUUUAACAAAGACUAUGUUUUAAAUGUGGUGAAAGAAUUUUCAGAUGCAGUCCAAAUAGAAAUGGAAGUGAAACUAUUAAAAAUUGUUUCCCUUUUAAACACUUAUGAUCCUAAUUUCAAAAAAAUCCCCGUAGCUUGUCUGGAUAAGAUCCUUGAAGUCUCUCCCUGUCGUAGAAAGCAGCAGUCAUCUGAACCGGUCAAAAGAGAUAAGAAAUGGGAGACCAAUCUGAGCCAAGGUGUUAAAGUACUGUUGAACAUAUCUUCAACAACUAAUCAACAUGGAAAAUCCAAACAGUGUUUGAGAGUUUUUAAUAGAGUCAUUGCCAUAGAAAUCUUGGCAAGAAUGAAA